CAACGGCUAUAAUUCAGUUUCUCUCUCUCUCUCUCUCUCUCUCUCUCUCUCUCUCUCUCUCUCUUUACUUCUUCUCUUUAAUCAGACUACAAUUUUCUCGGACCAGAAAAUCUCGCCGAGAACACUGCGGAGAGACCUAUGACUCUUAACCCUCCAAUCUGGGUAAACAACUCAUCUCAAUUAAUCGCCACCUGAUCGCCAUGCCAGCUUUCCCUCUUGGCAAUUUAAGCUCAACUUCCAUCUCCAUUUUCCUUUGAUUCUUUUCCUUGGGUAAGAAUCCACUCUCUCCUUUUCAACUUUUCUGAAGAAAAAAAUGUUAUCUUUUUGAGAGUUUUUUCUUAGCUACCCCCCAUCACUUAGAUUGUUCGUAAUUGGGUUUUUUUUUUUCCUUUCUAUUUUCGAGUUUCGGUUGUUGUUGUUUGUGAACCCCCUGGGAUUUUUAAUUCCUUUGUGGGGUUUUCGAUUUGUGAUGUUUUUGAUUAUGGGUUUUCGUCAAGUUUGAUUGAAAGGCCGGUAAAAAGGAAUCUUUUUUAUUUUUGGGUUUGGGGGAAAAAAUGUCAGUGGAUGUUGCUUUGAGUCCGAUUCGGAAGGAAUCGGUACAUUCUUCCGGGUUUUUCGGGAGUAGGAGAGGAGGAAGACAUUCACACUGUUCGAGUGAAUCUAUUGUAAUUUAUCUCAGUGUGGCUGGUUCUGUGAUUCCCAUGCGUGUUCUGGAAUCUGAUUCCAUUGCUUCUGUGAAACUUAGGAUUCAGACUUGUAAAGGGUUUGUUGUUAAGAAGCAAAAGCUUGUGUUUGGAGGCAGAGAAUUGGCCAGGAAUGAUUCCUUGGUUAAGGAUUAUGGUGUGACUGGUGGGAAUGUUUUGCAUUUGGUUUUAAGGCUCUCUGAUCUUUUGCUCAUCACUGUUAGAACCACUUGUGGUAAGGAGUUUGAAUUCCAUGUUGAUAGGUACCGAAAUGUUAGGUACUUGAAGCAAAGGAUUUUGAAGAAAGGGAAAGGUUUUGUGGAUAUUGAUGAUCAAGAAAUCUUCUUUAAUGGUGAAAAGCUUGAAGAUCAAAGACUCAUUGAUGAUAUUAAUAAGAAUAAUGAUGCAGCUAUUCAUUUGGUGGUUCAGAAAUCUGCUAAAGUUAGAGCUAAACCCCUUGAGAAGGAUUUGGAGCUGUCUGUGGUGGCUGCAGUUCUUGAUGAGGAAGUUAAUGAGUCAGAAGAGAUCCGAUCUGAGGAGCUUCCACUUGUAACAACAACUAAGCCACCUUGUAGUGAUAGAGAUUUCUUGUUGGAACCUAUUUAUGUUAAUCCCAAGGUUAAGUUUCCGAAAUCUGUCUGGGAUAUGUUUAACUCUACAUUUGAUGGUUUGGAGAAAGGCUAUGAACCCAUCAGAUCCUCUGAGGGAACUGGAGGAACUUAUCUAAUGCAAGAUGGAUUAGGACAAGAGUAUGUUUCUGUGUUUAAGCCUAUUGAUGAAGAGCCUAUGGCUGUGAACAAUCCCCGAGGAUUACCCGUUUCUCUGAAUGGUGAAGGUCUUAAAAGAGGAACCAAGGUUGGAGAUGGAGCACUUAGAGAAGUGGCUGCCUAUAUAUUGGAUCAUCCAAGAAAUGGACCUCGAACCCCAUCGGGUGAACAGGUUAUGGGAUUUGCUGGUGUGCCUCCGACGAUCAUGGUUCAGUGCUUGCACAAAGGAUUUAACCAUCCAGAUGGGUAUGAGAGUGGACCAAAGAAUGUUAAGAUAGGAUCACUGCAGAUGUUCAAGAGGAAUGAGGGAAGUUGUGAGGACAUUGGUCCCGGAGCCUUCCCAGUCGAGGAGGUGCAUAAGAUCACUGUCUUUGACAUAAGGAUGGCCAAUGCAGAUAGGCAUGCUGGAAACAUUCUGCUGAGUAAAGGAGAAAAUGGUCAAACUGUGCUCAUUCCAAUUGAUCAUGGAUACUGUCUGCCUGAUAGCUUUGAAGAUUGCACAUUUGACUGGCUUUACUGGCCACAGGCACGCCAAGCCUAUUCUCCUGACACCGUCGAGUACAUAAACUCAUUAGAUGCUGAAAGAGAUAUUUCUCUUUUGAAAUACUAUGGUUGGGACAUUCCUCUUGAGUGUGCCCGAACACUUCGUAUUUCCACUAUGCUUCUAAAGAAAGGAGUAGAGAGAGGCUUAACUCCUUUCGCCAUUGGAAGUAUCAUGUGUAGAGAAAAUGUAAAUAAGGAAUCUGUCAUUGAGGUGAUUGUUCAAGAAGCGUGGGAUUCCUGUCUCCCGGGCAUGAGUGAAACAGCAUUUCUUGAAGUUGUCUCUGAAAUCAUGGAUUCCCGGCUUGACAAACUCGCGAACUAGUUUAUCAUACUUCUUACAAAAAAAAAAGUAUAUAUAUUUAUAUGCUUUUGUGUACUAAAAUUAAAAUGACCAGUUCAUUUUUUAGAUGUAACUGCUGGUCAUAUCUGUAAUGGUGGAUCCUUACUUGUUCCACCGAAACAAGCGUCUUUGACUUCUGUCAACAACUCCUGCUUGAGAUUGUAAUUUGGGGUGUUGAAACAGAGGUGUAAAGAUCAUAAAAUAAGAUGUAUUAUGCUCAGAUAUAUGGAUUUGCAGGGUUUGUAAUAUGAUCUCUUUGUAAUAUAUAGUAUAAUGUAAUGUACAUAAAUCUGAGCCCCUAUUUCAGAUUCAAAGCUCAUAAAGAAGAGAAAAAAAGGAGCUUUGUAAGUUGAUAUUGGAGGGCAUGGACAACCGUGAUUUAAGGUUUGUCUGUCUAUCACGGGUUGUAAUAUAGUGUGGUGUUUCAAAUUUUAAUUAUUAUAAUAAAAAUAAUUAUGUCAUUUGAAAUUUA